GGGUGAUGUAAUGCUCCUCUAAAUAGAAUGUAUUGUAAUCUGCUUGCAGUCCAACGUGGUUCCUUCAUACACAGAUCGGUGGUCCAGCGCUGUCUCUACACUUGUUUGGAAACUGAAGUGGAAGCUGAAACUGGACAGGAAGAUGGCUAAAUUUUGAAGACCAGUAUGAAUAUGAAGCUGAAACAGCUGAUCUCUGGAGCAUAAACACAGAACCUUCAAAAAUAUUGAUGUCAAUAAAACAGUGGAUAAAGUUUAGCAGAAUUCAGAUUUAUGAAGACUGAGUGAUGAAUUUGGAGCAAGAGAGGCCUUUUGUUUGUAAUGCCCCAGGCUGUUCACAGAGAUUUCCUACUGAAGAUCACCUGAUGAUACACAGCCGCAAACAUGAAAUGACUUUGAAGUUUCCCGCUAUAAAAACAGACAGCAUUUUAGCAGACCAGACACCCACACCAACACGAUUUCUGAAGAACUGUGACGAAGUGGGGCUGUUCAAUGAACUUGACUGCUCGUUAGAACAUGAGUUCAGAAAGGCGCAAGAAGAAGAGAUCAAUAAAAGGAACAUCCCAAUGCAUAACUCUGUGACAGGACAAAUGGGAGUGCCUGCCCCUCAUCAACUUCCGAAUAGCCGUAUGCCAAACCAUGAUAGCAAUGUGGUGAUCCAGCAAGCAGUACCUUCCCCCCAGUCCAAUUCAGUCAUAACCCAGGCACCGUCUACAAACAGGCAAAUAGGAGUGCAACAUAGCAGAAUGGACCAACAUCUUCCAGAAGCCUUAGGGAAGACAGGGCAGUUUAAAAACAGCUCGAGGGUCAUCUCGAGGCCUGUUCCAGGCUCUCUGUCAUCCUUGCUACAUCUUCACAACAGACAAAGACAGCCAAUGCCUGCCUCAAUGCCCGGCACCCUUCCCAAUCCAACGAUGCCUGGAUCAUCGGCAGUACUGAUGCCUAUAGAAAGGCAGAUGUCUAUGAACUCAAAUAUUAUGGGAAUGCAAAGUCCAAAUAUGAAUAAUCCCUGCACUUCUCCCCAGAUUCCUCAGAUGCAGUCUGAAGCUAAGUUGAGGCUGAAGGCUGCAUUGACCCAUCAUCCAGCAGCAAUGCCCAAUGGAAACAUGAACUCCAUGGGUCACAUGAUGGACAUGAUGAACUCUCAACAGGACCAGGCCCAUCAUCAUCAUAUGCACCCACAUCCACCUCAUCAACACCAGCCUUUGCCUGCCCAUCACCCGUACACACACCAGCACCCCCAACAUCACCCACAUCCACAACAGCAUCACCAGCAGAACCAUCUACACCAUCAUCCACAUUCGCAUCUCCACGCACAUCAACCGCACCAUCAGACAUCACCACACCCACCACUGCACACAGGCACACCAGCACAGGUUUCACCAGCAGCACAGCAGAUGCAACCCACUCAAACAUUACAGUCGCCACAGCCUGCAGGUGGUCGUCGAAGGAGGGUGGUGGAUGAAGACCCUGAUGAAAGGCGGCGGAAAUUUCUGGAACGGAACAGAGCAGCUGCCACACGUUGCAGACAGAAGAGGAAAGUGUGGGUGAUGUCACUUGAAAAGAAAGCGGAAGAGCUCACUCAGACUAACAUGCAGCUUCAGAAUGAAGUUUCCAUGUUGAAGAAUGAGGUUGCACAGUUAAAGCAGCUACUUCUGACACAUAAGGACUGUCCCAUCACAGCAAUGCAGAAAGAAUCACAAGGCUACUUAAGUCCUGAAAGCAGCCCGGCAAGCAGUCCUGUUCCAGUGUGCUCCCAACAGCAAGUCAUUCAACACAACACCAUCACAACAUCAUCUUCUGUCAGUGAUGUCAUAGGAAGCUCCAACCUCAACACACUAACCAAUCACAGAACAGACAUGAACCCUAUUCUCUAGACUUGAUUAAACCAUUGCCUUUCAUGAACAAAUGGCAUGUAAAUGCUGUUGUUCCAUUCAGGACAUCUUUGGAAUUAACACAAGCCUGGAAGACUUUGUUUCUUGAAAAAAAAGAUAAAAAACUGAAAAUAUUGCUUUCACUUUUAUAGUUAAUUACAAAAGUGUUUUAUACUUAGUUACAUAAAAGGGAGUUAUGCAAUUAAUAUGCGCUGGGAAAUGCUUCAGUGCUUUUUUCAAUUAUUUGAUGCCAUUAGUUGGUAUUAAAAUGUUAUUUUGUUCCUGUACAUAAUGAAACAUUUAAUUUCUACCAGCCAAGAUUAUGGCCUUCAGCAUAGUUUUUGUGUGACACCACCCAUCCUUGGCCACAGUAAAUAGUGAGAGUGUCACCUCUGGUUAAGGAAAUUGCAAAAGGGCUAAUGACUCAUCACUGGAAAAAGCUUGCCGUGACCCUCUCCCAUCAGAUAUACACACACGCUCAUACACACACACACACACACACACACACACACACACACACACACACACACACACACGCGCGCGCGCACACACAAGCUGAUGUGUCUUGUUACGUUUUGCUAUUCUUGAGAGAGUUUUUUCCAUUCUACUUUUCAUGUAUUUACCAGAUUUACUAAAUAUACAGGCUAUAUAACAGCGCUGAGAGGAUGAUCACCUUCUGCAACUCACUUGUGAUCCAUGUGUCUCACUCCAGCAGGCCAUAUCGCUACUGAAUCCAUCAUUUGUCAUAAGUGAUGUACGCUUUAGCUGCUGGUUUUCAUGGCCACCUUUAUCUGUUUACUACUUCUAUGAAUCAGUGUUUAUGGACAGUUCUAACCAAUAGCACUUCCCAUUACAGAAGGAUUUGCCAGUAAAUGUUUACAUACAUAUUGCAUCAACAACGGACUGACAAAAACAAUUUAAUGAUGCAUUGUUUUUCUGAAAUCAGCACUCGGAAUUUAAAGGACUUCUGAAAGCACUGUUGGAGUAAUUUUGGAAAAUACGUAAUAUUGAUGCACUGUUCAAUUGAUGACUAUGAAUCAGUUUUGUUUACAAAGUCAUUGCCAAGAGAAUAUACUCUUUACUUAUUGCUGGUCACGGCUUUUAAUGCAUAGUCUUUUGCUGAGUUUAUAUUUUUUAAUCUGACUGCAACAUCUUAAUGACUACAGCAGUGUGAAACACAGAUAGUUCAAACAGAUGAUUCCACAGAGGCUUUCUUGUGGUCAUCAUAUGUAAUUGAAUUGUUUUGCUGCAGUCAUUGAGAGCUGCAUUCGUUGGUAAGAUGUGGAAGUCCCCCCCCACACACACAGAUAUGCGCAAAUAUAUAUAUUU